AUGCCACGCAGCGCGGGAACCUGGGCUUUAGCUGCAGCCGCCGCUGGCGGACCGCUGCAGCCGCCGCUGGCGGACCGCUGUGGGCCCGCGGUGCCGGGCGCGGGGGCGCCGACAUCGCGCCGCGCGUACGUGGGCAACUUGGGCGCGCUGGGCGCGGACCGCCGCCGCGGGGCAGCCGUCUUCGCGGGCGCGCGCGCGCCCUGCGAAGGGGCGGGCCUCGCCGUGCACGACCGCUCAGAGGCCCCGCCCGCCGUGGGCGGCCUGGGCGUUGAGCUCGACGCCGAGAGGCGCGAGGCGCGACUCACGGCGGCCCGCUACUGGCGGCUGAACGCGGGGCUACGCUGGUUGCUGGCGCGGCGGGACGUCUCGACAUAUAUGGUGGAGGCCUUCGUAGGCGACUGCGCGAGCGUCGGCCUGCUGGUCCGCCAGACCAUUUCCGUGCUCCGUGCGGCGUAG